AUGAUCGGUAGUAGCGUCUACUCACCGCCCGACGAGUCCCUCUCGCCCAACCCUAAUAAUCUUUGCAUCACGAUCGAAGAAGGUUCUCCGAGCAGCGAGCAGGUGGUUGUACAAGACGGAGACAACGCUCAUCUCCAAAUCGAUUGUGAUGGGCUGCUUGAUGAAAUUGCUGCCGAAUCCAAGUGUCCGGUGACUCCUCCUGUUACGGGGAUGGAAUUCGACUCGUACGAUGACGCCUACAGUUUCUACAACUCGUACGCGAGGGAGCUCGGUUUUGCGAUCCGGGUCAAAUCCUCGUGGACCAAGCGCAACAGCAAGGAGAAGCGCGGCGCUGUCUUGUGCUGCAACUGUGAAGGUUUCAAGAUGGUUAAAGAUGCAAACAGCCGCCGUAAGGAGACCAGAACCGGUUGUCAGGCCAUGGUCCGCCUCCGAUUGAUCGAGCUUGAUAGAUGGAAAGUUGAUGAAGUCAAACUCCUCCACAACCACUCCUUCGAUCCCGAAAGAGCCCACAACUCCAAGUCUCACAAGAAUGGCCCUACCAAAAGAAAACCAGAGCCUCCUCCUCUCGAUGUUCAAGUCCGCACAAUCAAAUUGUAUAGAGCCCUCGCCCCAAUCGACACACCAAACUCUAGCGCGGAGACGAGCGAUCCCAGCCAUGAUCACUCGCACUCUUCCAGGCGUCUGGAUCUCAGAGGAGUCUCUGAAGUUUUUCCCAGGGCUCAUCACCGUCUUAGCUUGACCCACGUCUUGCAAACCAUUUCUCAGAGCGUCGCAGGGCUACAUGAUUCCGAGUCGUUCCGUAUGGCACUGAACAGAGUGGUCUACGGGUUUCUCAAGGUCCAAGAUUUUGAAAUGGCUUGGGAAGAGAUGAUCAUACGCUUUGGGCUGACAAAUCACGAGACCAUCAAAGCCUUGUUUCAAGAUCGGCAACAAUGGGCUCCAGUUUACCUCAAGGAUACAUUUUUGGCCUUGGCGCUGAGUUUUCCUCUGGGAAAUGCGUCAGCCCCGUUCAUCUUUAGCGACUACGUUCACCAGCACACAUCACUGAGAGAAUUCCUUGAAGAGCGGGAGGGAGAGAAAGUGAGAGACUUUGAGGUCAUGUACGAGACAGGUGCGUCAGCAGAGGUACGUUGCUUCUGCGCCUGUGGUGGUUUCAGCUUCAACGGGUACCAAUGCAGACACGUGCUCGCCCUACUCAGCCACAUGGGCUUGGAGGAAGUCCCGUCUCAGUAUAUACUGCAACGUUGGCGCAAGGACGUGAACCGUCUCUAUGUGGCGGAUUUCGGGUCAGGACGUGUGGACAUAAUGAAUCCGGCUCAAUGGUACGAGCAUUUGCACAGAAGAGCGAUUCAGGUUGUUGAGCAAGGGAUGAGAUCCAAAGAGCACUGCAGAGUUGCCUUGGAAGCGUUUAAAGAGAGUGUGAAUAAUGUUCGCCUUGUGACAGAGAAGCCGUCUUAG